ACCUCGUGGGCCGAAACCCGCGUAGUCAAAGGUCGGAAAUCAGCUCAUUCGCAUUUCUGUUACUGUUCGUACCUGGUAGAGAGAACAGGAUGUUUGGAUUCCGGAGAGCUUCGUCCGCUGAUCUACGGUUUGAACAGAGUCGUGCUCCUGGGUCAGUCGAAAAGAUUUAAAACACAAUCUGCCCUUUAAAAAAGCUCCUCAGCAUAUUUCGAGCUUCAGAUCACACACUUUGGAUAUUCUAUAAACAACGUAAUCAUGGCACAUUCUCAGGAUUUUGAAGUUCUUAUCAUUGGAGCCGGCAUCACCGGCCUCGUGCUUGCACAAGCUCUGAAGAAGGUUGGAAUAAAGUACAAAAUCUUCGAACGAGAGGUACAGAUGAACUAUCGGAGCAACGAGUGGACGAUGGCAAUCCAUUGGUCUCUUGAGCGCCUGGAAAAUCUCCUUCCAAAGGAGAUCUGGGAGAAACUGCCCACGAUAUCCUGCAAUCCAGCUAUUCCUAUGGAUGCUGGAGGCAAGUAUCCCAUCAUUCAUGGUGAAACCGGCAAGCUCCUGGCCGGUGUGCCAUAUGCCAGGGGCUUGCGUGUCCCACGCAGCAAAAUGAGAGCUCUGUGUGCUGAAGGAAUCGAUGUGCAGUACGGCAUGAAGCUUACUGGAGUCGAUUUCGAUGCCUCUGGAGUUGGCGUAACGGCUACCUUUAAUGACUAUGAGAAAGUCAAAGCGUCCCUCAUCAUUGGCACUGACGGCCCAAGGUCUACGAUGCGCAUUUUUGCCAUGGGAAGCGAGGCAGAGGCGUCUACUAGCAAAUUUCCAAUCUUUCAUACGAACAUGACAGUUUGCUACGGCGACGCUGAAAAGGCAAAGUAUUUGCGCCAGGAAUUUCCCACGAGUUAUCUCGCUCUCAGCGAAAAUAGCUACCACGCUUUCCAGUCAAUUUCCAGUAUGCCUGAUGGACCUGAGCAUCCUGAGACCUGGGUGUUCCAUCUGGCCAUGGCUUGGCUCGGGGACUCUGAUCAGUCCAUGAGCUAUCCUGAAAGACUCGCUUUGAUCAAAAGCAAGGCUCAGACCCUUGGUGAGCCUGCAAGAUCUGCCUUUACAUGGAUACCAGAGAACACGCUUGUUCACAAGGCGGACAUCAGUUACUGGAUUAGCAAACCGUGGAAUAAUCACGACGGUAGAAUGACCUUGGCUGGCGAUGCAGCCCACGCCAUGCCACCUUACCGCGGGCAAGGUCUCAACCAUUGCAUCUGCGAUGUGUCUCACCUUCUUGAAAAGAUCCAAAGCAUCUUGAAUAAUGAGAUGGGUCAAAAGGAAGCCAUCUCUGCCUAUGAUGACGAGGUCGUUAAAAGGGGUGCUGAGGAGGUAAAAUGCUCGCUGGAGAAUGCUCUCAUGCUGCACGACUGGGAGAAAGUGCAGAGAUCACCUGUGUUUACAACCGGCUUCAAGCCAAUGACUGGGCAUGACGGGGAGAACUCUCAUCAAAGAAUGCUUCCCGAAGCCUUGAAGACUCUUCAAGAAGUCAAGCAACAGAUUGCUAGUCAUUAGGUGUCUCAUCCUAGAAUAAAAGACCGAAAAAUCACCGCAAAACUCGUCAUUGAUUUCAAAUAGUGAUCCUGAAGCAAAUACUGCUAGAUAAAAUCCAAAACCUACAUACAUUAUACGCAGUUAUCCUUAUUCAGUCCGUUCCAAUGAUGUUGUUUCUUGUACAUAGAUCAUUCGAUAUUUUGGCUGAUACGGCAAGUUGGAAUCCUGGUAUCAAAUGAGGGCUUUUCGACUGCAUUUGAGGUGUUUUCAAU